AUGGAGAAUAGCGCUGGUGAUUCAAAGACAGCAGUCGACUAUCUCGAUCCCACUAACGAGCCAGAGCCAUCUACCGAGACUGGUUUGGGCUCUCACUUUGGCAGUUCGUUUGAUCCAUCUAUGAAGAAGAAUGCCACCAGACAGCAGCCUGCUCAGUCGGCACCACAAGCAUCAGCGGCUGAGAAACUCUCAACCACGUCGUCCAGCAUGACGACCGCGCAACUGCAGGCGGCCGCUGCCGAGGGUGAUCCCAACAACUUGCAGAAGAAGAAGUAA